AUGGCGAACAUUGCCGAUCCAACGCUUCCUUCCUGGUACAACACGAAACUAGCCGACUGGUUCGACCAAGAAACCGAGGGCGAUGGGUACAGUCAGCACAACGUGGGCUCAGAUGACCCUGAGCCCUUCAUUUGGGGUAUGGCAGACGAUCCCGUCCAGGCUCAACUCAUCGUUCCGCCGCCCAAUCGAUUGAAUCCAGGCGGUAAGGUCAAAUACGGAGCCGUGGUCAGAGUAAAGCCGAGGCCAAAGCCAUGCUGGAAGGGGCUCGACAUCUACAUGACGGUCAAUCCCGUUCCGGAGGAAGAAGACGAGGCUUGUGGAGAAGGUGAAUUGUUCAUAGAUGAGGAUAGCGACAGCAGCGAUGAGGAGACCGAGCCCGAUGGCUGGCUGGAACCGGACAUUGGCGAAGCGGAAGGUGGUAUCGAGAUUGAGUCAGAUCCGGACGUCUUGUACUUUAUCUUCAAGGACGUCAGGUUUCCCAAAGGCGCCGGAAAAUAUCGAGUCAGGUUCGAUGUCUGGGUUGACAGGUAUUGGGACGAUCGGAAUGGGUAUCGUCCACCUGCUGAGUUAUGGCCAAUGGGAACUGAUCUCACGACAUUCGGUGAUGGAUUCUUCGAGGGUUACCUCGUGGGGUUUCUGGACGUUAGGUCGUGCACGGAGGUGAACGAAAAUUUGGAAAUGCCGUACGAGAUUAAACGGGAAGAAGAUCGAGCCGUGGCGCGAGAUGAAAACGGCGACACUCUCUGGAUCAUUGUCCCCAGGUGUGAAAAGAUCGCCUUUAACCGGGUCAAGUGA